ACGCAGAACGCAGCCAAACACAACAAACGACGACACCGAUUCGAUUCUAAGACAUAACACAAACAUCGUAAAACGCUUUUGCUUUUGCUUUUGCUUUUGCCUUUGCCUUUGCCUUUGCCUUUGCUUUUGCUUAUUUAAAUGGUGAAGCCCACCGCGGAAAAACAAACGGCCGAGCAGAACGAUACGACGUCGUACAGGGGAGUACGGAAGAGGAAGUGGGGAAAAUACGUGUCGGAAAUUAGGCUGCCCAACAGCCGUAAGAGGAUUUGGUUGGGUUCCUACGACACCGCCGAGAAGGCGGCGCGUGCCUUCGACGCGGCCAUGUUCUGCUUACGUGGCAGCGGCGCUAGGUUUAAUUUCCCCUCCGACCCCCCCGACAUCGCCGGCGGGAGGACCAUGACGCCCUCCCAGAUUCAGAUCGCCGCCGCACGCUUCGCCAAUUCGGAGCCCCGAAAGGAGUGUUCGGGUCGACCCGUGGAGUCCUUGACUUCGGAUGAGGACAGUCAGGAAACGACGUCGUUGCCUUUGGACACCUCGUCUCCUCCUCUCUCCGACGUCACAGUCCAAAACGACACCGAAUUACUACACGGGUAUCUCCCGGAUCCCUUUUCGGAUCUCGGGUCGGAUAAUUUCCAACCCGAUUUUUCCUUUUUCCCGGGCUUCGAUGAUUUUAGUAGCGAUUUUCUUUUUCCGGAGAUUCCGAGUUUCGAUUACGGAGAGGAGAAUUUGGAGGGGUUGAUAAUUCAGGACUCGUUUUUGUGGAAUUUCUAAGCGGGUCGGGUUGUGGAUAGUUUUAUUAUAUCCGGAACCGUGACGGGAACCCGGGUUGGUCAAUUUUUAUGAGGCCAAGCCCGUUACUGAAGGAAAUGAUUUUUUAAUCACCAUGUAGUUAAGGUUUCAAUUUUUUGGGAUGAGGAUCUUACAUCAUUUAAUUGUCACCAUUGAUCAAUCAUUUAAUAAAUUGUAAAGUUGCAUUCUGAUAGUGUAAUUUUUGUGGCCAUUCAUUGAAUUAUAAAAGGAUAAGAUGUUUUGUGGGUAUCAAUUACGUAGUACUUGGUUUGGCUUUGGCGCAUUAAAUUUUAGUUGUGUGUAUCCAUUAGUGUUGUUGAGACGGGACAUGUGAUGAUCACAGAUAAUGAAAGAAAACUCAAAUAUUGUGUACUA